AUGCAUAUCCUAAAAUUCGCCACUUUGAUCGCAGCAGCGGUGAUUGCAACAGCCGGCGCCGAUAAGCAGAGCAAGAACAGAGCAGAUUGCACGGACCCGUGCACAUGCAUGGCUAGAAUCGAUGUCGCCCUGAACAGACUGGAGGGCGCAAUGCCGCAAACGCUACAGAAAAUAGCGUCCAACGCCGCUUAUAUGUCGGAAUUGCAAAUGGCAGCCGGCUCGACAGAUGCAGAACUAGCCAAACUGGUGCAGCCACUACUGGCAGUGGCAAUCGAUGUGCAGCAGGAUGCAACAACUGACCUACCAACAGCUAGCAAAACAAUAUCAGAAACGCUUAAUGCGCUAACACAGCGCAAGGCACUCUUUGAGGCAAUCAAAAAAUUAAGCGGCACAUAUGACGGGAGCAUCAUUACGAAAACCUCCGGACACUUCGGAACUGCACAGUACACGGCAGCGCCCAUAGUAGCUGUCCAACGAGAACCGUGCCCGAAACUAAGCGGCACGGAAGAAUACACAUACGAUGAACUAAAUUUUGACCACGGCCAAGGGAUAGGUUUACCGCAGCUAGCAAUCGAACUGGACCAAGCCUGUUACAAAAACACCGAAGGGACCCCGUGCGACGCCAACGACGGGUCUGACAAACUAAAAACAAAAAUUAAAUUUGGGACAAAACACGGGCCGGCAGGAACGUCACCACUUGCCAACGGCCGAUUCGCGACCACAGUACAGGGGACAAUAAACCUAAGCAACGAAACGGCAGCGGACAACAAAAAAAAACUAAGCAAAGCUGCAGCCGCAGACGCCAAACUAACCAACAUACCGGACCUCAGCAAAAGAGAAACAUACACAUCGCACCCGGCAUUCAGUUUGCUGGUAAACCGACUGCUCAUGUCAACAGCGCCGACCGUGGAAAUCACAGGGCAAGUAGCGACAGCGACAGAAGCGUUUAUAAACAAAAAUUAUGGCAGCGACCAAGAGCAGUUUAAAGCAAAGAUAUGGGACAAGAUAAAAACAGCCACAACAGUAUACUACGAAAAUAAGGCCAAAAAAACGAAAAAGGUCAGCGCCCUAAGUGGAGACCAGAAAGUCACCGCACUACCAGCUGCAUUUUUUAAGGAGCAAAAAGAAACGACAACAACGAAAAAAGAGACGGCAGAAGACGCACCGAAGAAAACAGAUACAGAAGACAAAAAAGGAGAAAAGAAAGACGGGGAUAAAACAUCAGGGGAAAGUUUCUCUAGUUAUCAAACCAAGGAUGCAUGUGAGGCAGUUAACAAGGAUGGCAAAAAGCAUUGCGGCUGGAAAAGGAAAGUGAUAGCGACCCCGAAAAGGAUAAAGAAACCUGCCCAAACGGUAGUUUUCUCCUCAAUAAAAAAAUUAGCUCUGUGUGUGGCUGCUGCUUUUGUGAGUAUUCUAGUAUUUUAA